UGCAAAUGGCGUGCGCACAGGGCUGUAGAGGAAUUGUGGAGCAUUUGCUCGAGUUCGGUGCCGACGUUCAUUUGCAAAAUAAUGUCGGGUCAUCGGCACUGCACGCGGCGUGCGCGGCCGACGCGGCGGAUAUUGUGGAGUUGCUGUUAGCACAUGGCGCUGACCCCGCCUUAACUGAUAAGUGGUCGCAGUCACCGGUGAGUGUGGCAGGCGGCGCGGGAGGCGCGGCGGAGUCCCCGCCGGAGGGGUUCCGGCGUGCAGCGCGGGGCUCCUUCUCUGCUAUCCUGGACCUCAUCACUGCCACUGCUAACGUUGAUAUACAUCAAGAUCACUCCGAAGACUCCACAUCAUCUCGUGUUGACGAGAAAUCCGGCGGUCAUUCUCCCGCUCCUAGCGAAGGUACGGAAGGCGACGAAAGGUGAUGGUCGGCCACAACUCUCCUCGAUAGACUUGCACAACGCGGCUUCGCUGCUGACACACGCUUGGCUUUACCACCCACUGGUUGCGCUCGCUACAGGGAGUUAUGUUAUCGUGCGGCCCAAGCGCACUUACCUGACGAGGUACCACCGCGGCCGUGUGAAUGCGUGAACUGCACUUCACGGCGCAACUCCUGCGAACCCUGAUAUCAGCUAAAGAUUCAGCCUUCACGACCAACGCCCUCGAUAUUACCAUUACUUGAAUAGAUUCAACUUACAGGUUUCAAAUAAGAAUGUGUGAUCACACAUAAUCUUAUUUGAAAUACUUUUUUUAUGCUUUAUAUCUCUGGCAGUGCCAUCUUACGAUGGACAUCUUAAUUAUAUCCAAAAAUACGUUUUAGUGCUUUGUGGUUGAUUGGUGACCUUGCAUAGGUUCUUUGAUUCUACUGUAAUUUUACAUUUUGUCGUAUACAAGCUUAUUUAUAAGAUAAUUCAAUGUUUGAUGUUUUAAAUAUGUAAGUAUGCUUCUUUGAUGUGCCAUCUAUAGUUAAAAGUAUGGUACAACCUGACCAGAAAUAUAAAACGUCUCACCAUAUUGCGGACAAACAUGGAAUUAAUUUCGGAUAGGUGUUCUAUAUUUCUGUUCAGGUUGUAUGUUUGAUCUUUGGUCCGAUUAUUUUACAAAAACUAGUGAUUGUCUUCGAAAACUCCCCAUUUUUUUAGAUAGGAAAUUAAAAACAUAUGCAAUUUUUAUCAUAUUCUCUUCCUGGAUCAAACUUUUGCAGUGCCUUACCUUUACGAUAUACAAUAUUCCUCUCGUGCACAAACCUAAACGCACAGCAACAAUUAUAGCAUCCAAAUUACAUCAAUUCUCCAAUCCUGUACAAAUAUUUUUAUUGUUAUUUAAGAUAAAAGUGUCAAAUUAAAAUUGUCUGUCCAUUGGUAUAAAAUUUUAGACAAUUAUCUUAACAGCCUAGGUAAACGUAUAAGUAGAAAUAAUUGUAAAAUGAGACUUUACACAAUUUAUUAAGACCAAUCGUUGCUACAGAAGAAUUUAUCGUAAAAACUUAUCUAACCACUAAUUAUCGUUAUAUUUAAAAUAAUGUCAACGUAACUUACAAAUGUAUUGCUAGUCUAUGGAACUUUUAUUAAUCUAUGGUUAGACAUUUUUAACUGUUUAGCUACAAAUUUUAUCGCUUAGAGCCUAAUAAAACUAGAUAUAUCUAGAUUAAAUUUAAGUAUUUCUUUCCUAUUUAUAAUAUUUCAUCUUUGUGCAUCUUUGAAUUUAAUAUUCAUUUGGUAAUAUGUUACGUACGUCCCUGCGUACAUUUGUAAUGCUAAAACUAUGUAUAAAUUAUAUUUAUUACAUAAGAGAUCUUAUUAAUUUUAUUUCUUAUCCAACUUCAGUUAAUUUAUUUGUAGAAUUAAACAUAAUAACCAACGUCUAAUCUCAUUAUAUUAAUGAGAGAAAAAUACUCAAAAAUACCGUAAAAUUAUUAAAAAAAAUACACCGACAUUGACUAAACUAGUAAUUAAUAUUUUUAUAAAUUAAAAAGACUAGAUUAAGUUUUCGAGGACGGGGACGCGGGAGGCGACGCUUAAAUUUAAAUAAAACUUAAAUUUAUUAGUUACAUUUAUUUUAAUGAACAAAAAGAAAUCAAAUGUGAACAUUGUGAUUGGAUAGAGCAUGCCGCAAAACUGUCGAAUUCCAAGAUGAAGUAGGAAAAGUAAUUUAUGAUGCUCGAAGGACCAAUAUAUUAUUGUUUAACUUUACCUCACAGAAUGCAAUCAAAAUUUUGGAUUAACCUGACAUGCGGCAAAUAUAUCAUAUCCAUCGUUAUCCACAAUUCAAAAAAUAUACGUAACUUGAACGUGCUUCUAGCACUCUCUUAAUUUGUCAUAAAUGCAAAUGCUUAAAACUAUUUUGAUGGACAAACUUGCAGAAGUCAUAAUCUCAUUAUCAUUAAUUUACAAUUACAUUGGGCAUUUUAUCAAGAACAGCUAUGAGGUUUUUGCGGGUUAAGACUAAAUCGAAGAAAAUUAAAAAUACAAAUCAGUUCCUUUACAACACCCUAAAUGAAUAUACCAAAACGUUUAAACAUAUUUUUGAAGUGUCUACAUUACCAAACUAGUUCCAAUAAUCCUUUCAUUUGAAAUACAUCUUUUGAGUUACGAUUUUUUUUUGACUGGUAGCAAACCUAUGGUUUAACUUCUGGACCAAUGAAUACACCGGUUAAGAAACCGGGCUACAAUCGAGUGUUGAAGGUAGAAGCAAAAUUAACGACUAAAUUUGUCGGGAUUUAGUUCACUAGUGUGCCGUAAAGGGAAAAACUAGAACGCCUAUGUGUGUGUAUCUUGCUAACUGUAAUAC